AAACGGCCCAAAAUACGGGCCACACAAUAAAAAAUCUAACAAAGAAAAUUAAAAAUUUAACAAAAUAUUUAUUUCUCUAAACUCAAGUGAAAUUUGAGAUUUAGCUAUCAUUUUAUUUAUAUCCACAUGGAUGGUUUUGGACGUAGUUUGAGAGCAAGGGAGGCAAAAGUUUACAAUGACACUAAAAUAGAUGAUGUGAUUGAAGGAAAGCGACAGUUCUGUGUUGAAGAAAAACUUGUAGAUAAAAAGUUUAAUGAAAAUUUGCGUGAUGUAAUUUUGGAAAUGGAUGGUCAAAAUUUCAAUUUGAAAUAUAUUCAAGAAAAUGGUUUCAACAUGCCUAUACUCUUCAAACGCAAAGAUGGUCUUGGACUCAAAAUGCCUGAUGCAAAUCUAUUUAGUGUGAUUGAUGUGAAGAGUUACGUAGGUGCUCGUCGAGUUUUAGAUGUAUUUGAUUGUGACACACAUGAGUCAAUACAAAUGAGUGUUCAUCAAUGGGUCAAAUACUAUAUGGGUGUAGAGAGAGAAAAAGUUUUUAAUGUUACAAGUUUGGAAUUUAGUCACACAGGACUUGAUAGGCUUGUGAAAUGUCCAGAUGUUGUCGAAAAUGAUCUUGACUGGGUGCAAAUGGUUUGGCCAAAACAUCUUUUAUCUGAACAGAAAGAUACAACUAAUAUUAUUGAAAAUAUGAAGUACCCAAAAGUGCGCAAGUACUGCCUCAUGAGUGUUGCUGGUUGCUAUACCGAUUUUCAUAUUGAUUUCGGGGGUACUUCUGUUUGGUAUCAUAUUCUUAAGGGAGCAAAGGUUUUUUGGUUAAUUCCACCUACAGAUGAAAACUUAAAGUAUUAUGAAUAUUGGGUUUUGUCUGGUCGGCAACAAGAUAUGUUUCUUGGAGAUAUUGUAAAUCAAUGCCACAGGGUUCAUUUAAUUGAAGGGGAUACUUUUAUGAUUCCAACAGGUUGGAUUCAUAGCGUUUAUACUCCAGUAGACUCUUUAGUAUUUGGUGGUAACUUUAUUCACAGUUACAAUAUAUCUCUGCAGUUAAAAGCAGCCAAAAUUGAAGAAACUACACAUGUUCCUCGCAAACUUUGUUUUCCCUUCUUUGCUGAACUGCAUUGGUAUGUCAUUAAAGCAUAUGUUGAUAUACUAGAGCGAGAUCUUGAUGAAAGAAGAAUUCUUGAGUUUGAAGCAGAAGAUGAAGGUUUUUUAAAAGCAGUUAAAGAUGACGCUCUAGAAGACGCAAUUAAGGUAAAACAAAAAUGGGCAAAUGUUUAUCUGACAAAUUAUGAACUAAGUGGAUUAAAAGACUUAUGUAACACAUUUCGCACAUGGAACUUAGCUAAGUUCAAUUUUCCAACAGACUUAAAAGAGGAUGGAAUGUAUCUUAUUGAUCGAUUAGAAGAGUUGCUGCAACACCACGAAGAUGACGAUCAAUUUCUAGCCUGUCAAGGUGUCAAUAUUUUUAAGCAGCUAAACGAUCAUGUGAAUCCUUCUGAACAGAAAACUGAAUCUCCUCAAAAUAAUAUUUCUGUGGAGAACAUGACACCCAAAAAAACGACGCCAAAAAAGAUACUGACUGAAGAAAUUCCUUUAAAGCCAAUAUUUAAUGAAAAGUUUAACAAGUAUUUACAAAAGAAAAAAAUUUCUCUAGAAGGUAUUACUAAACCCUCAACUAGAAGUAAACUAAAGGCUGAAAUUCUAUCUGUUCCUUCAAAAAACAAACGCAAGGCUCGCAUAGAAUCCGAGAAGCUAAGCGCGCAUGCUAAAAAGAACAAAACUGUUGUACGUCGCGUACGUUGUCGUUCAUGUGACGGAUGCUUGCAAAAAAAUUGCGAUAAAUGCCGGUAUUGUUUGGAUAUGAUCAAGAACGGUGGUCCUGGUUUAUUAAAGCAGUCUUGUGCGAGGAGAUUUUGUCAAAAUCCCAAACUCCCUGCAUAUGUUGAAUGUUAUAUCUGUCAUAAUGGUCAUAAAGAGGACGAGCGUAUACUAAUGGAAUGUUCCAUAUGCUCUGAGAUAGUUCAUCCAGAAUGUUUAAAAAAGUCUUCACCUUGUAAAAUGUCGAAGAAAGUAAACAAUUGCUGGGAGUGUCCAAAAUGUUGUACUGACAAGAAGGCUGAGAAAUUUUCUCCUCAAAAAGCAAGAGGUCACAUGAGUGAUUUUAAGCGAAAGCAAAUGGUUUUUAAGCAAGACUUGUCAAACGAACCUAGAACGGAAGAACAUCGGCAUCAGCCUAUAAAAUCUUUAAUAUCAAAUACAAAACCCUUAUCUAACAAACAAAUGAUAAAUAAAGUUCAAAAUUUAAAGGAAAUUUUAAAUAAAUCGAAGCUGUGUGUAGAUAAGAAAAUUGUUGUUGAUAUAAAAGGUAAAAAUGGACAUAGCAAAGAAAUGAUUUCUAAAGGAAAUAAAAAUAAGGUUACCUGUAACGAUUUAGAUAGUAACAUCGAAUUACGGAAGCUUAAGGCGCCUAAACACAAAUCGUUUGACAAAGUUACAGAAAAUAUACGAAGUACUUUGACCACUCAUGCUCCUAUUAUGGUUGUUCGUCCUGGACCAUUUACUCAACUCGAAACCUGCAUUAUGUCUGACGGUGAAAAACAUCCUCUUGAUAGAAAACUCUGGGUUCAAGUGUUCGUCUAUUUAAAUAAAAAUGACAUUUCAAGUUGUAUGCUGGUCUCAAAAGCUUGGAAUCAAUGGUGCUUAGAUAAUUGUCUUUGGAGCGAAAUAGACAUAUCUAACCGAAAUUUAAGCAUAUCAAUGCUUUGUGGAAUUGUUAGGCGCCAGCCUUCCUUGUUAAAACUUUCAAGCACAAAUCCAACAGCCAAACAGCUGGAAUGGCUGUUAAAACGCCUGCCUCGUUUAGAAGGUUUAAAUUUAAGUUUAAGCACUGCACCAACAAUAUCAGCUAUAAUGAGAGUUGAUUGUUCGCAAUUAAAAUACUUAAACCUAUCUUGGAGCAGUGCUAUUUAUGAUAAACUUAUGAUACAAUUACUUGGUCCAAUUAAACUCUACCCUGUGUAUUGUGUUGAAAGAAGAUUGCCGCGUUUAUCGGAGCUCAUUUUAACCGGAUGCGAUAUUUCAGACGAAACAACUACUUAUAUAUUUAGUAAUUUAAAAAAUCUGCGUCGUUUGGAUAUAAGCUAUUGCUCACGUGUAACAGUUGUCGGUGUGGAAGUACUUAUUAGGAAUGAACAUGUAUCUAAAGAUGUUUUACAAGAAGUUUUAUGUGAAGGAUGUUCUUUCUCAGAAAAUUUAGUUUCGUUUUUCAGAAGGUUUCCUCAAUUACCAUGACAGAAUAUAUUUAAAAAACUUGUUCGUGUACAAUUUUUGUAAAAAUUUCAUAGUAUUAUAAGUGGGCUUAAGUUAAA